AUGGGGAAGCCUGCUAUUUACUUGAGAAUCGCGACCUCUCUUGUACUGAUAGUCCUUGCUGUUCUGAUUUCAGGCAUGUUGAAACCGGGUGAGGCGAGAACGAGCCCAUCAGUGCAGGAAGCGGAUCUGGGGAAUAAGCAGCUGGCCAUGGGAGGAACCAACGGUACUAAUUACUCUGUCGAACUGGAGGAUACGCCGCCCCCGCCGGCUUGCACUGAACACAGCCAAUGCAUCAAUUACUGUCACGCAAAGAACCCUGAACUGUCCUACUUUUGCGGUGCGGAUUGGAAGUGCUUCUGCAGUUGGUGCUGA